AUGGCCGUGUGCGCUCGGUGCCGCCGCGUGUCACCGUCCUCCGGUGACACCUGGUGCCUCGCCUGCAGUGCCUGGGAGGCCAUUGGGAACGAGCUCUCGUUCUCUUGGAGCCACCCAGGCCUGCGGGCGGUGGCUACAGACCUGGUGGUCUCGGCCGUGCGCCAGGUCCGGGCCUUGCGGGAGAAGAAGGGAGCCGCCCCGCAGCCUCUCGAGAAGGACGAGGAGAAGGAGCAGGACUCGUCUGAGUCCGACGAGGAAGAGGAGGAAUCGGAGGCGGCCUCGGACAAGACCAUCUUGGUCGACCCCUUGUUGCCACCUGCGACUGCGGCCCCAGGUACUUCAGGAAAGGCGAAACCUCCAGUUCCCCCCAAAGGAGUGGCGGAGAGGAUCAAGACUGAGGAGAAGGCAGAUUACGGAGAAGAAGAACAGGCUGGUGGCAGCACCGUGCCUGAAGGUUCCAGACACCGUCGUCGACAUCGACAUCGAUCCAGUCAGCCAUCAAGGCCGGAGCGGAAGGACGACAAGUCCAACAGGAAGCGCAAACACAGGAAUCCAAAACACAGAGCGGGGCGCAAACACAAGCGUCUCUACAGGGCCGAGCGUGACCCUUACCUCAAGAUUCACCGGAAGCUGGACGAGAGCGAGGCAGAGGUGGAACUGGUAGGUGCUGGAGGCGCCUAUGGGCUGUUCGAUGUGAACGAGCCUGCCAGAUGGUCCGCCUUGGAGAUAAAGUUGGGAGAUAUUAUAACUACGGCAGUUCCGGGCGAGCUGUUGGGAGCCGAUGGGGUGGAAGGCAUCUUCCUGGUCACAGGUAUAGAACUGGGCGCCGAUGGAAGGAAGCGCAUGGUGAAACAAUUCGAGGCUGGAGAGGAGCUGGACGAGGUGAGAGAGCCCUUGGAAGGUGCCGCUGGCAGACCCUCUGCUUUGAGGAAGAAGCCGAGCGGGGAACCCAAAGAGGCUCAACUGCGAGGAAAAGGAUUGGGCACAUCUACGAAGUUGGGACCCCCGAAGGGGGCAGCUGGCCCUCGCCGUGCUGCCCUGACCAGUGGAGAAGGCCAUGGGGAGGAGCAAAGAGAAGAUAUUUUGAAGCCCUUGAGGAUGACGAGCAAGAAGUCGAAUGGGGACAGCUACUCCAGUGGCGAGGACGUCGACAGCAGCGAGACAGACAAAGAGGACCUCCUUCCGCCCCUGAAGAAACGCAGCGAGAGGAUGGAGGGCUCCGCGCUGAGUCUUCUCAUCGAGAGGAUAGAGGCUCGUCUCAACGAGCUCAGCGGUGCAGGGGAAAGGGCGUUCUCUCAACAAUCCCGGGACGGGCGAGAGACCUACUUGCUGGCGAACGUCAUCGACCUGCUUCGCGUGGGUCGCCUGGCCAAACUGGGAGACGCUUUGGCGGCUCGGUGGCUGGCGAUCGAACAGGCGAGCCUCGAUCAGCAAUGGUCGGCUGCCAGGCAUUUGGAGCUUUAUUCCCCGGACCAGACGUCAGCAGCAGGGCCAGCCAUCACACUGGCAGCCCGGAAGUUCUCCAAGACGAUGGAGCGCGUCACUCAACCAGACGAGGCAAGGGGGCGCGUGAGAAAAGACAAGGGCGGCAAAGGAGAUGGGGGCUGGCAGGACACCGAGCCCUGGUGGAAAAAGAGAAAAGGAGGAAAAGAUGGAAAGAAAGGAAAGGAGAAGGAGAAGGCAGACCCCUGGUCAGGAGCUGUGGAGCCGCCCGGUUUGAAGUGGUGGCAAGUCCUGCUGGACCUGGCUGGAACCUAUUCCGCGCUGGGAGUGGGACUAUAUUUCUCCAUUUGUGAGCGAGGGGAAGCCUUUGAUGGAAGUUUCCUUGACCAACUCUCCGCCGACAUGGCGCAGAAAAAGAAGAGCCAGCUACCACGAGCUUUUCGCUCCAAAAACAAACUGUUUCCCCUCCCUCAAGUUUGGUUCGUGGACUUUUCUCGGUUCGGAAAGAAAGUGUCGGUUUCGUCAGUUUUGCAUGAUUUGGAAUUUGUCAAAGCCAAUGCUGUUGCGUGCUGGGCCUCCUUAGGAGUCCUGUUUUGCAAUCAAUUGGCGAAUGAAGGGUUUGUGUUUGGGCAAGGAAAACCUACAGCCCCGCAGAGGGAUUUGUUGCGAGCUGUUGAGAUGUCGGUCCAACGUUUGAUGGACGAUGACACGACAGUGGCAUGGACAGUGGCUGACAUUGUGGAUGAUUUUGAACAUAGGACAGUGACGUAUUCGGGUGAAGAAAUUUGCAAGGCCGAACCGCUGACUUUAGCUAGGGUGCUCCCAGGGUUGCCCCCUGAAGGUCAUGGGGGUUCGGUGGACACUUUGAAGUGGGUUAGCGGACGCACUAGAUCUCUACUUCUGCGACCUGACCUGUGCUUAGUGACUGAUGUGGGGCAGGAGUUGCCGAAGCUACAAGGAAAGGUGCAUAUUGGCGAAGGUGAGCAAAAGAGCAUUGCUGUUGAACUUGUCAGGCGUGAGGAAUUGGGUCUGGAGGUAGAUGGCCAUCGGUCCUCUUUAGUGUACCUGGCCUGUAGGGUGCUCCCCAUGGGAUGGUGCUCGGCCGUUGGGGUCAUGCAAGACCUGGCUGAAACGAUUCUCCUAAAGGGGGGCUUUGAUCCCUGUGCUCAGAUCUCCAAGUCUCAUCCUCUGCCGCCGUGGGUGUUGGAGAGCUCAGAAUUGGGAAACAAGCAGGGGCGGCCUUGGUGGCAUGUGUAUCUCGAUAAUUUUGCUGCAGGCGCAAAGGUGCGAGAUGAGGAGCCCAGCGAGUUGAUUGCACUGCAGAAAGCGGCAGAAAGUCUGUGGGUGGACGCUGGUGUUGUGGUGUCCGAAGAUAAGUCAGUAGUAGCGGCUUCCUCAGGUGUUGAGUUGGGGGCCUUUCUCGGGGGAAAAGGACAGUGGAUAGGAGCCUCACCUGAGCGUCUCAUCAAGGUCCUCAAGAGCGUUAUUUGGCUGUGCGGACAACCUAAGUUGAGCAAGAAGAAAGUGCAAAUUGUCAUGAGGAGGCUGUGCUUCAUUCUGCAGUUUAGGCGGCCGGGCAUGGCUCAUUUCUCGCAUGUUUGGGAAUGGGUGUCAGGAAAGGGCUUUGGCCGCCUGGCACAGGAUAAGGUUAGGAAGGAAAUGCUGACAGGUAUUUGUGGCAGCCCGCUGUUUCACACUUGGUUGGGCAGCAAGAUCGACCCGAUGGUGACCUGCAGUGAUGCCAGCAUGAAGGGAGGAGCGGUCGCCUUCAGUGAUAGUCUCACCCAGGAAGGAAAAGGCUUUGUCUGGGCGCGGGAGCGGCAGGCGCAAGAGGUUCCCGUGGUGAUUGUUUCGCUGUUCAAUGGGAUAGGAGGAGCUCAGCGCUGUUAUGACGUGGCAGGUGUGCGAGUGGCAGGAGUGCUAGCCUGUGAUAUUCACAAGCCAGCAAAUCGCGUGACAGCAAGGCGCUGGCCCCAUACCAGAUUCUGGGAAGAUGUGCGUACCCUGACGGGUGAAGGUCUCAGAGAAGAGAUGGAACAUUUUGGUGAUUUUGGUGAACUUCAUCUGUGGGCAGGGUUUCCCUGCGUUGACGUGAGCAGUGUGCGGGCUCACCGCCAGAACCUUCAGGGCGCUUCCAGCAGCUUGAUACACGAGGCAAUUCGUGUGUUUGAUGAGCUAGCCGUGCUGUUCCCUGACACUCCGACGGAAUUCUUUGUGGAAAAUGUGGCAAGCAUGGAUGUUGAAGUGAGAGAUCAGCUGAGCUCGCUCCCGCUGGCCUGUCCGUUGCAGAGAGGUCUAGCCUUUCCAGGGACAUGGACCCAUGCAGGAGAGGAGGUCCGUGUGGUUUAUUCCCAACUCUUCAAUGUCUUAGCCUUGAAGUUCACUCCGCAUGGCAGUGAGCAUAUCCAAGCCACUGAGAUCUCGCUGAUCCAGGGACGUUUAGAGCCCAUGUGCCUUGGGCUCCGGACGGUUCCAGGUCCUUCCAGAGAUUCAGUGGGUGAUUCAUGGCCACUGGCAGCUGUAUCAGCUUAA